GCAGGCAGGAAGAUGGUGAAGACGUCGUCGUGGUCGGGAAUCGCCCCCGGCAUGGGGCAACGACUCGCGAUGUCCCUGGCCUGCGGCUUGUUUGUUUUUCAGGCUGUUUCCGCGGCAGACGGCUUUGAUGGAUCCUCCUACGCCAGGAACGUGUCACUGGACACCAACAUGGACAUCUUCUGGACCGUCGAUCUCGAGGCCGAAACCAUUCGUGUGGCCGUCCACGCCAAAGCUGCCACCGGCUGGGCGGGUGUGGGCAUCUCUGAGAUGGGGGGGAUGGAGGGCGCUGACAUUGUGUUUUACGAGACAGCUACCGGGGACUUGACGGACGCCCACUCCCUCGUGGCGGGCACGCCUGUCGUCGACGAGUGCACCCAAGACUGGAUCUUGCUGUCGGCGGAGGUAGGAGACGGGAGCCUGGUGUUCGAGGCGGAGAGAGCCCUCGACACGAAAGAUGAUCAAGAUCGGGUCUUCUCCGAUGACAGCUUCGAGGGAGCUGUACCCACGCGACUCCUCGCCGCGUGGGGGGACUCCGACACCGUGGGCUACCACGACGGAAACUUCGCCAAGGGGCAGGUCGUCGUGUUCGGCGGAUCGGAGAACGAUGACGCCGCCGACCCGGUGAUCGACGUCAAGACUAGCGAGGACGUUCUGUUCUUCGAUGCGGCGCCAAAAAACUUCUCCAUCCCGACUGAGCGCACCUGGUACGAAGACACUUGUAUCACGGCCUCGGAACUACCAGACCUCGACGAGUACCACGUCAUCGCUUUCGAAGGCUUGCUCCAAGCCGACACGGCCGAGUACGUGCAUCACCUCGUCUUGACCGGAUAUUAUGGUGCAUCCGACUGCGGGAACGCCUGCUACGAAUGGCUGGACGAAAUGUUCGCGAGCGAGGACGGCUCCGACUACUCCUCCUCCACCGUCGAAGCAGAAGAAGGCGCUUCGUCCUCGAGCCCCUCUGGCUCCUCCUAUCCUUACGACGACUCUUCGACAUCGACCUUCACCGAGUACUUAGAAAACCUCAACAUCACCGUCCCCUCCGUCUGCAGCAACUUCGGCGAACAAGCGGACAUCUUCCUAUGGGCUCCGGGGACGAGCAACCUAGAGCUGCCCGACGACGUCGGGUUCCUGUUCGGCAACGAAUCUGGCGGUUUCAACUCCCUGAAUAUUCAGACCCACUACAACAACCCGGACGGGGUGAGCGGCAAGAACGACAGCUCCGGCGUGCGCGUGUACUACACCGAGGAGCUGCGGCCGAUCCAGAUGGGCGUGAUGAAGCUCGGAGAUCCGUUCGUCGCCCUCGAAGACCACCCCUUGCCGGACGGCAAGUCCAGCUUCUCGUUCGGUUGCCCGGGUACUUGCUCCGACACAAACUUCGAGGAAGAGGAGGUUACCAUCUUCAACCACGUGCUCCACAUGCACGAGAACGGGCAGCGGAUGGUGACACACCAGUAUCGCGACGACGGCGAGGGAAACGAUGAGCUGAUCCACACAACCGAAGUCGAGUACUACUCCUUCCUGCAGGCCGGCGCGCACGUCGUAACCGUCAACGGCAGCGCCACCAUCAAAAAAGGAGACAGUUUCACGACGCAGUGCAUGUACGACACGUCUCUCUCUUCGGUUGACUCGGCCAAUGUAACGUUCGGCCUGGGGUCAGAACAAGAAAUGUGCAUCGACUACAUCUUCUACUAUCCUGAUCAGAGCCUGCCCGACGGGGGAGCGUGCGGGGUCGGUGCGUGCGAUGGCGGCGUUCUGGGCUAUGCGGAGCUGGAAGCCGACUCCGACUUCAACCGCACGUUCGGGAUAGUGGACACUUGCACCUCGAGCUUACCCGGGGAGGAGGAGGGAAGCGACUCGAGCUCCUCGUCACGUGCGGCCCAGCCCCUGCUCGGACUGUUGUUUGCGGUUUCCACCAUCAUCGCAGCGCUCGCGCUUGAGACCAUCAUGGCGUAGGCUAGUAGCUCCCUGCAGAACACCGCGCUACUGGGAUCAGAACGCGUUUUCGGCUUGAAAAAGAAGAAGGCAUUUUCGUGUUGGUUCGGUGCCAUGUCCUAUAGUCGAAGCCUGUGGCGUCAGCACUCUCAUUCAACAGCAUUGGGUGAAGGGCUAUUUUAUGAUCCGCUCUCAAUUUUCCGCCAAAUUGGUGGCGUGGUCCGGGUGGUUCGCUGCCUUCGUAAGGGUCCACAAGUGACCCCGGAAAAGUUUUCUUGGCAUUGGAAAGCAAGGCUUAGGAGGUAGGACAUGUAGUAGAUAGAGGCGCGUUCAUCACACCAACCACCUUCGCAUUGUACGCAAGCACGUGUCUGUUGUGUUGGUCAGCACGUGCGUACGGGAUUUCGGAGUCAGUUGCAGUCAGUCUGUGGGUUCGGUGUCUUGGCUAAUGUCAAGGCCGCAAUGUCGAGGCCGCUCAAGACCGAAACUAUUCGUGUUGUUGUGCAUCACUUUUUUUCCGUCACUCAGUUGCUUCUAGUAUCCGUUGUGGUCCAGCUGACCGACGGUCAUGCAUGAUUUUUUUGGUUGAAUUUAUUACUUGUGAAGUUCUUUCCGAACGCCAGGAUCGAUUCCGACUUCGCUCUGGGAGUCCCAGCUUGGGGUCAGUAAUACGAAAAAGGUGCUACUGAUUACACCAUUGGGAAUAAAUUUGGAUGCCGAGGUGUCCAGAUCGGCCCCACUUUCCAUCCAUGUGCCGUCCCGUUUCAACUGGCUUUCACCGCUGUAAGACAAGAAUUAAUGCAGCAACCCAAGGGGCGAGGGCUCCGGGGGCUAGAAGAGGAAAGAGUAACAAAGGCUCAGGGGAUGAAUGCUCUUGGGACAAUGUUCACAAGGAUACCAAGUCUUUUACUGGUAGCGCCGCUUAAAAUGGUCAGGACAUCAAGGUCUGGCGGAGGGAGUGUUCGUCGACCAGUGUAUUGCGUUGUUCAACCCUGCCGGUGGUAUC